GUUGCACCGGGGCAGAGUGCGGGCCGCGACGGGGCGGGCGGACUCUCGGGCGUCCAGAGCGGGUCUCAGGUCCUCUGCGCCUGGAGCUCGAAUCUCCAUCCCGAACUCCACCCAGCCCGGGACCCCGACCCCAACCAGACCCGGCCCGGCCCGGCCCCCGCCCCCGCCCCCUCGGGCCGAUGGACUACUCCUACCUCAAUUCGUACGAUUCGUGCGUGGCGGCCAUGGAGGCGUCCGCCUACGGUGACUUCGGCGCCUGCAGCCAGCCUGGAGGCUUCCAAUACAGUCCCCUGCGGCCUGCCUUCCCUGCCGCGGGGCCACCUUGCCCCGCGCUCGGCUCCUCCAACUGUGCGCUUGGCGCCCUACGCGACCACCAGCCCGCACCCUACUCGGCAGUUCCCUACAAGUUCUUCCCGGAGCCUUCUGGCCUGCAUGAGAAGCGCAAGCAGCGGCGCAUCCGCACAACGUUCACGAGUGCUCAGCUCAAGGAGUUGGAGCGCGUCUUCGCCGAGACCCACUACCCGGACAUUUACACUCGUGAGGAACUGGCGCUCAAGAUCGACCUCACAGAGGCUCGCGUGCAGGUCUGGUUCCAGAACCGCCGGGCCAAGUUCCGCAAACAGGAGCGAGCAGCCAGCGCCAAAGGCGCGGCGGGAGCGACGGGCGCCAAAAAGGGCGAGGCGCGUUGCUCGUCGGAGGACGACGACUCCAAGGAGUCCACAUGCAGCCCCACGCCCGACAGCACCGCGUCGCUGCCGCCGCCGCCCCCUGCACCCAGCCUGGCCAGCCCGCGCCUGAGCCCCAGCCCUCUGCCCGCCGCUCUGGGCUCCGGGCCCGGGCCCCAGCCACUCAAGGGCGCGUUGUGGGCAGGAGUGGCGGGCGGUGGGGGUGGCGGCCCCGGCACGGGCGCAGCGGAGCUGCUUAAGGCCUGGCAGCCGGCGGAGCCCGGGCCCGGUCCUUUCUCUGGAGUUCUGUCCUCCUUUCACCGGAAGCCCGGACCCGCCCUGAAGACAAACCUCUUCUAGCCGCGGGCAUCUGUAGGCAACCAGCCUGCCCCGAGAGAGACACCCCUACCCUACCGGACCUGACAUUAUCCCUCCCUAUCCCGGCAGCCUGCCUGGAAACUCCCUGUCGUCCUCACUACCCAGCGUCUGAUCCCUAGACCUGGCCCCCCUUCGUGGUAAAACAAGCCAGGGCCACUCUGGUCUGGAGUACUAAUCACCCGGACCCCUCUCCAGGGCGGCCGGAAGCCCUUUCUUGCUAGGUUUUCUUAGGAACAGGGAUCAAAUUACACCUGUCCCUUACUCAGUGCCCAAUCAUAAAGGGUACUAAGAAGCCGAGCCAACAGCUCCUACGACUUUUCAGCCAGCUGGGCCACUCACUCCUUGAAAUCAAGCAACCUGAAGAGUCCCACCGCCAAUCCCACCCUAACGAGUCACCUCCCAUCCCUAGCCAGUAUGGCGCAGAGGUUAGACACUAGAGGGGAAGAGCCGUCGGGGAACGGAACAAAGUGGUUUUCCUUUUGCUUUAUUUUUUUCUUUGAAAAAAAAAAAACGUGUAAUUUAUUAAGGUGAUUUUGCUCAAUCCAAAUAAAACUUAAUUUAUUGAAGACA